AUGACCAGCGCAGCAAUUAAAUUGGCCAAGGAAAAGGAAGUAUUGGAAGGCUUGGGCUCCAAUGAAAAGGCAAUAAAAUACUUAAAACAGGAUUUUGAGGAGCUAAGAAGGCAGUGCCUACAGUCUGGUAACCUAUUCAAAGAUGAAGAAUUCCCUGCUUGUCCAUCUGCUCUUGGCUAUAGAGAUUUGGGUCCUUAUUCUCCCAAAACGCGUGGCAUUAUCUGGAAACGACCAGCGGAGCUAGUCCCGAAUCCUCAGUUCAUUGUGGGAGGAGCCACUCGUACAGAUAUUCGUCAAGGGGCACUGGGAGACUGUUGGCUUUUGGCAGCCAUUGCAUCUCUCACUUUGGAUCAAGAAAUUUUAGACCGAGUUGUUCCCAAAGACCAAAGCUUCCAGAAGGACUAUGCUGGGAUAUUUCAUUUCCAGAUCUGGCAGUAUGGUGAAUGGGUAGAUGUUGUUGUUGAUGACCGGCUCCCCACCAAAAAUGGACAGCUCCUGUUUCUCCACUCUGAAGAAGGGAAUGAGUUCUGGAGUGCCCUGUUGGAAAAGGCUUAUGCUAAGUUGAAUGGUUCCUAUGAGGCUCUUACAGGAGGAUCUACUGUAGAAGGUUUUGAAGAUUUUACUGGUGGUAUCUCUGAAUCUUAUGACCUGAGGAAAGCUCCACCCAACUUGUAUCAAAUCAUACAGAAGGCCUUGCGAGCCGGUUCCUUGUUGGGCUGCUCCAUUGAUAUUACCAGUGCAGCUGAAACAGAAGCAAUCACAAGACUGAAACUGGUCAAAGGUCAUGCUUACUCUGUUACUGGAGCUGAAGAGGUUAAUUACCGUGGCCAGCCAGAGAAACUAGUCAGGAUAAGAAAUCCAUGGGGUCAAGUGGAAUGGACUGGAGCCUGGAGUGAUAAUGCUCCUGAAUGGAAUUAUAUUGACCCCAAGCAAAAGGCUGCUCUGGAUAAGCAAGCUGAUGAUGGGGAAUUUUGGAUGUCCUUCUCGGAUUUUCAAAGGCAGUUUACAAGGCUUGAAAUCUGCAACUUGACUCCUGACACACUAACAAGCAGCCACCUUCAUAAGUGGGGCAUGACAUUGUUCAACGGAAACUGGCGACGGGGCUCAACAGCUGGGGGAUGCCAGAAUUAUCCAGCAACAUACUGGACCAAUCCACAAUUUAAAAUCAGGCUGGAUGAGCCAGAUGAUGACCAUGAGGGAAGUGCAAGUGAACCAUGUUGUACAGUGCUUCUGGGCUUGAUGCAGAAGAAUCGCAGGAGGCAGAAGAGGAUGGGGGAGGACCUGCUGAGUAUCGGCUACUCCCUUUAUCAGGUUCCAAAAGAGUUGGAAAAUCAUACUGAUGUUCAUCUCAGCAGAGAUUUCUUCUCAACAAACAGACCUGUAGCUCGCUCUGAUACUUAUGUCAACUUGCGGGGAGUCUCAAAUCGAUUCCAGCUGCCUCAGGGGGAAUACCUGAUUGUGCCAUCCACCUUUGAACCAUUCAAAGAUGGAGAGUUCUGCCUCAGAGUCUUCUCUGAAAAACAAGCUAAAGCUCAGGAAAUUGGAGACACUGUAGCUGCAAAUCCAUAUGAGCCUCACGUUGAAGGCAAGGACAUAGACGAUGAGUUCAAGAAUCUGUUUGAAAAGCUUUCUGGGGAGGAUUGUGAAAUGACUGCAAAUGAACUUCAGACUAUUUUGAACAGAGUUAUAACAAAGCGAACAGACAUUAAAAGUGAUGGAUUCAGUAUAAACACCUGCAGGGAGAUGAUCAGCCUCUUAGAUAACCAUGGGACUGGUACCUUAGGACUUGUAGAAUUCAAGAUACUGUGGAUGAAGAUUCAGAAAUAUCUGGAUAUCUAUAAGAAAGUGGAUACUGACUAUUCCGGAACCAUUGAUGCACAUGAAAUGAGAAAUGCCCUCAAGGAAGCAGGCUUCACUCUCAACAACAAAGUCCAGCAUACUAUAGCCCUCCGCUAUGCCUGCAGCAAGCUGACCAUCGACUUUGAUGGGUUCCUGGCCUGCAUGAUUCGCUUAGAAACCCUCUUUAAAAUGUUUCAGAUGCUAGACAAGGAUAAGCGUGGAGUUGUCCAGCUGUCUCUGGCUGAGUGGCUGUGCUGUGCAUUGGUUUGAAGCACCAAUUUUGAAUUCAUUUGCAGGCUCCUUUACAAUUUAUUUUUCCAUAAAGAAUUUUCUGGAAGAAUGUUUAUUCCACAGAGAUAUGAG